AUGAAUCGCUCUGCUGCACUACAGCAUCGCUGGAUAGCAACCGCCUGCUUACUCCUCGUCUUCGCCACUACGCUCAUAUUCUACUGGCCAGACGUCCCCUUCGUCGGUCACAAUGCAGCAGUCAAUGUGCCUUCCCUAACCUCCUCUUUCCGUCCUGCCAAUCAUGGCCUCGUGAAACCCGCUGGCGUCCCGGUCAUUGGCCUCAUCUUCUUUGGCCGCCGCGAUCGAGUUGAAGUCUUACGAUGCUAUCUCGAGCGCAACCUCGUCACUAACGGUGGCUGGCUUGAUGAGAUCCAAUGGGUGCGCAACACCCACGACGAGAAGGACUUGGCGUAUCUCCGCGAUGACAUACUGCCGAGCAAUCCACUCUACACCGAAAUCGACAUCAGCGAAAUGCCCGGAUCGGACCAGCAGGACCCAGCGUACGAGAACGCUUGGACAAAACUCCGCCGAGGCGCCAUUUACAUCAAGAUCGAUGAUGAUGUCGUCUUCAUCGGCGAGGACACCAUUCCUCGUAUGGUCGACCUCCGUGUCAAAGACCCAUCUAUCUUCACCGUCAGCGCCAACGUGAUCAACUCGCCCCUGAUGGGCUGGGUUCACUACCACGGCGGUGCCAUGCACCCUUACCUCCCCGAAUUCCCCGUCGACAAGUCUCACCACAUCCCGAAACUCGAAUCCACGCCAUGGGCCUACACGUCCCACCCGAACUGGACAGGCGACGCAGACUGGGGCUUCUACGCCGAAGACGCCGUGCCCGAGCACUACCACCGCUGGCUGCGCAUGACAGAAUCCGGUGACAGCUUGCCAUCCUCCACAGCAGCCCUCAUGCAACGCACACCCAUCACAAAGAUUCAGUACGAUACCUGGGGCACCGGCCUCCGCUCCUGGUCCAUCGCAGCACAAGAACACUAUUCCUUCCUAGAGAACCUCCACGACGACCCCUCGCUCGACAUCUACAAGCUGUCCAAGAUCUGGACGACCGACUACGAACGCCUCUCGAUCAACAUGAUUGCUGUUCUGUCGGACGACAUUUUGGACAACAUGCCGAUGACGGGCGUUGUGGACGGGAAGGACAAUACGCCGAUUGCGGACGAGGAGUGGUUGACGGUGGUGAUGCCACGGAAAUUGGGGAGGCAAGUGGUCGUGGAGACUGAUGCGCUAGUGGUGCAUUUUAGCUUUCGGACGCAGAGUGGGCUGUUCAGGACGGAUUUGUUGGGGAGGUAUGCGGAUUUUGCGAGGAGAGAGGUUUGUAUCGGGAGGUCUGAAUGA